AUGGUCUAUCCUCAUCACAACUUUGGCAUUCGUCCACGGAGAGAUUCAACUGAUUUCAGAAAGGAGAGACCACACCACACUCACCAGGAUGUAAUAUCAGGUUGCGAUGGCAGAGGUGUCCGGAAAGACCUAAGAGAAUAUCUGUUGACGUCCACAUUGCAUGGACUCCGAUACGUGGGAGAGAAGAAAUUAACUUGGUUUGAAAGAUUCUUCUGGUUAGGAGCAUUCAGUUGCUCCAUAGUUUGCGCGGGAUUCUUCAUCCUAAACAUAUAUGAGAAAUGGCGAAGUUCCCCCAUGAUCGUGAGCAUCAACCCUGAGAACAUGGCUCUCCAGAACCUGCCCUUUCCAGCCGUUACUGUGUGCAACGUCAAUCAGGCGAAGAAAAGUGUCGCGGAGCGGUAUAAAAAAGAUGGUAAUCCAGUGAACAAGAAAUUACUCGAAAGCUUAUGCACAUCUCAGGAUGACACAGAAAUAUUUGUAAGCGACGUAGCUCAAAGCGCCGAUUGGGACUACUUCCGCUCCUUCUUAAUAAAUGUAACCCAGCCAUGUAGCGAGAUGUUAGCAAUGUGCAUUUGGGACUCCGGCGAGAUGAGCUGUCAGGACUUGUUCAACGCGCAACUGACCGACGAAGGCCUGUGUUGCACCUUCAACGUCGUCCAUCGCAAUAAGCUGUUCCGCAAUCCCAAAGAUUUAAACGAUAUGAAUUUUACGUUCCCAUUACCUUCGGUUGAUUGGACUCCCGAAGGCGGGUACCCGGCCGAUGCGCCGUACAACGGUUUUCCAUGGAGACCCAGAGGUAUCGGAACUGAUCAUGGUUUGACGUUGGUUUUGGACGCGAAUGUGGCUGAAUAUUACUGCGCUUCCACGAAAAGUCCCAGUUUUAAGAUCCUUUUGCACAAUCCCACGGAAACUCCCAACAUCGCGAAUCUGGGUGAUAUAUACGGUCCAGGCAUAGAAGCUCGGAUUGCCAUCCAGCCCCGAAUCAUGGACGCAGCCCCCUCCCUGCGGGGGAUCGAUGUCAAUAAGCGGGUGUGUCUGUUCUCCAGUGAGAAAGCCUUGGUCUUCUACAGGACUUACACUUUAAAAAAUUGUGAGAUGGAGUGCGAGGCUCGAAAUAUGCUGGCUUUAUGCAAAUGUGUGUUGUAUUACAUGCCUAAAAACAAAACCACACGGGUUUGUGGUAAAGCCGACGCGAACUGUUAUUCUAAUAUAAGUUUUAUUAGAAAAGGACGUCAACAGUCAUGCGAAGAGUGCCUGCCGGCGUGCACAGAAAUUUCAUACUACGAGCGUAUGAGCUCCGCCAGACUGAGCAAGGCGAUGGUGGAGCAGUACGCGAAGCGGCUCAGCGGCAACAAGACGGCUGAAUAUGUCACAAACAACAUGCUUAUAAUCCACUUUUAUUUCGAGGACCUCUCUUUUACAAGAUACACCAAAGGCGAAAUAUUCGGUCUGACGGAGUUCUUGUCGAACACUGGAGGGCUACUGGGCUUGUGCAUGGGCUUCAGUAUGAUGAGCCUAGUAGAACUGAUCUACUACGUGACGCUGCGCGCUCUUUGCCAGACGCGACGGAGACCUAAGCAUCACUUCACACAAUAACUGGGUGGAGGGACAUUCGAUUUCGAACCGUAAUACUUAUGAUAUAGAACUGGUUUUGCUCUACGCUUCGCAGCAAAU